CUCGCCCCAGCCCCGCCCACAGGCGGUGUGCGUCAGAGCGAGGCCACUGUUCGCACCCCGCUCAUUACCGGAAGCACUCUCCGCGGGCCCUGCCCAAUCCCGCCGUUCCACCGGCGCGCAAGCGCAGCUUUUCACCGACCCGGAAGCAGCUGGCAGGGAGCGAACGUCAAAUUGGCCUCUGAGGGUUUUGAACUUUCUCUUUUCUACGUGAGCGUCUCAGUCCCCAGGCCUGCACCCCUGGGGCCUGGGGUCUCCGCGCACGUUAGAGUCGCCUCAGCCCCGCCUCCCACCGCGGAUUGACGUCUCAAGACCCAUCUUGCCUGGCAGAGAAGCCCAGAGGAGGGAGAGGAGGAAAGCCCAGAGAGUCAGGAAUGACUCAUUCUCAGGGACGCUUGACCUUCAGGGAUGUGGCCAUAGAAUUCUCUCAGGAGGAGUGGGAGUGCCUGGACCCUGCUCAGAGGGCCUUGUACAGGGACGUGAUGGUGGAGAACUACAGGAACCUGGUCUUCCUGGAUAUCUCUACCAGAUGUGUGAGCAAAGAAUUACCACCAAAAGAAGACAUUAAUAAUGGAGAAUUAUUCCAAACAUUAAUUUUGGAAAGACACAUAAGACAUGAGUUUGAGGAUUUUGAUUUGAGAAAAAUCCAAGAUGUGAACAAAUUUGAGACUCAGUGGCUUUAUGAAGAAAAAAAUUAUGUAGAAGACACUGCAACCCAUUACAAAAAUCUCGCCUGUAGAGAACAUCAACAACACCAUAAAUUCUGUAAUCAUUUUCCUGUAAAGCACAAUGUUUCCAUAGGAAGAAAUACAUCUGAAUAUUACAAACAUGAUACAGUGAGUAAGGCACUAAAAAACAAGGUAGGUUAUUUAGGAAGCAAGUAUAGAAACUGUUCGGACAGUACACUUGGAUUAAGCUUUCAUUCACAUCUGACUGAACUGCAGAGAUUUCAGACCCAAGAGGAAAUUCAUGAAAGUAAUCAAAUUGAGAAGCCUACCAAAAAGACUUCAGUUUCACUUCAAAAAAUUCCUUCUAGUGUCAAAACCAACAUUUUUAAUAAAUAUGGGAAGGUUCUUAUGCAUCCUUCAUUACGGACACAACACCAGAAAACACCCAAAAGAGAAAAACCUUACAAAUGUAAUGAGUGUGGGAAGGCUUUUAGCCAUUGCUCAACCUUAGCUAAUCAUCAAAGAGUUCAUUCUGAGCAGAAACCUUACAAAGGUAAUGAGUGUGGCAAAGCCUUUAAGAGGUUCUCAAACCUUACAAGGCAUCAGAGAAUCCAUGCUGGAGAGAAAACAUAUAAAUGUAAUAUAUGUGGUAAAGAUUUUGCCACACAGUCACAUCUCUGGGGUCAUGAGCGAAUUCAUACUGGAGAGAAGCCUUACAAAUGUAACGAGUGUGGCAAAGCCUUUUCUGAUGGUUCAUAUCUUGCUCAACAUAAGAAUUUCCAUUCUGGACAGAAACCUUACAAAUGUAAUCAAUGUGGCAAGGAUUUUGCCACACGUUCACAUCUCUGUAUUCAUAAGAGAAUUCAUACUGGAGAGAAACCAUUUAGAUGUAAUGUAUGUGGUAAGGAUUUUAUGAUACCUUCACAGCUUUGGGGUCAUGAGCGAAUUCAUACUGGAGAGAAGCCUUACAAAUGUAGUGAGUGUGGCAAAGCCUUUUCUAGUGGUUCAAAUCUUGCUCAACAUAAGAGAAUCCAUUCUGGAGAGAAACCUUACAAAUGUAAUCAGUGUGGUAAGGAUUUUACCACACGGUCAUACCUUUGGAGUCAUGAGAGAAUUCAUACUGGAGAGAAACCUUACAAAUGUAAUGAAUGUGGCAAGGCCUUUAUCAGGAGUUCAAAUCUUACUCAACAUAAGAGAGUUCAUGAUGGAGAGAAACCCUAUAAAUGUAAUGUAUGUGACAAGGCCUUUAGUCAGAAUGCAAGCCUUACUGUUCACCAAAGAAUUCAUACUGGGGAGAAACCUUAUAAAUGUCAUGAGUGUGGCAAAGCCUUUAAGCACUACUCAAGCAUCAAUAAACACCAUAAUACACAUAGAGUAAAGAUACAAAUAUAAAGUGUGUGGUAAGACUUUUAUUAAAUGGGGGCACCUGGGUGGCUUAGUCGUUAAGCGUCUGCCUUCAGCUCAGGUCCUGGGAUCGAGCCCCGCAUCGGGCUCCCCACUCUGCGGGAAGGCUGCUUCUCCCUCUCCUGCUCCCCCUGCUUGUGUUCCCUCUCUCGCUCUCUCUCUCUCUGUCAAAUAAAUAAAUAAAAAAUCUUAAAAAAAAAAAAGACUUUUAUUAAAUGUUUAUACCUUUGGAAUCAUGAGAGAAUUCAUACCAGAGAGAAACCUUACAAAUGUCAUGAAUGUGACAAAUCCUUUAAGCACUGUUCAAGCCUGAGUAGACACCAGAUUAUACAUAGAAUGAAGAUAUAGAUGUGGCAAGGCUUUUAUUAAAUGUUCUCACAUUUGGAGUCAUGAGGGAAUGCAUACUGCAAAGAAAUCUCACCAAAGAAUGUAGCACAGCUUUCAUGCCAUGCCUCAGGAUUCACCAAAGAUUUCAUGUCGGAGAAAACCCUACAAAUACAAUGAGUGCUGGUACAUUGCUUAAGCAGGUUUCACAAUACACUAUGCAUCAGAGAAUUCUAGUAGUAUGAACUAAGUCUAAUUCUUGAAGAUUAAUCAAAUCAAAUGUUACACUCUGCAGGAAAAUUAAAAGUCAAAAUGUUUUAAAAUUCAUGAAAUGAUGGGUGUCAAAGGAGCAGGGAUAUCUGUGGAACAACCUGCUUAUCUUCAGCUUAUACGAUCUUUUUAUUUUCUAUUUCUUGAUGAGAUUACUUGAUUAUUGACUUUGGAUUUGUGGUUGAAAAUCUGUUGAUGAUGUUAUGUCUUCAACACAGACCUUUCAUGAAUUGCCACUAGUGUCUGUGAUGGUUCCUUUUGUUUUGGUCCUAAUGUAAAUGGUAUUUUGUUUUUAAUUUUUAAUUCACUUGUUUAUUUCUGGUAUCUAGGAAGGCCGUUAACUUUUGAUCAUUAACCUUGUAUCCUGCUGCCUUGCUAUAGUUUCCAUAUUGUGUUUUAUCUACCAUACUUUGGGGCAUCAUUAAAUUGUUCAGUGCUGUGUUGACAGGUACCACUGUUUUGUUCCUGGAAUAAAAAGAAAGGACUCUCUCUUACUAUACUAAUAUUAAGCAAAUCUUGCAGUCAUUAAGUCCAACUUGGUCAUGGGGCAGGUUCCUAUUGUAUUCUGUGGCAAUCGGAGUAUCUGCAGUUUAUUAAGAUCUCAGAAGCUGGGGCGCCUGGGUGGGGCAGUCAGUUAAGUAUCUGACUCUUGGUUUCUGCUCAGAUCAUGAUCUCGGGGUCAUGAGAUCAAGCCCUGCGUCUGACUCUGCACUCAGUGUGGAGCCAGCUUAAGGCACUCUCUCCCUCUGCCCAGCCCCCCCCCGCCCCCGCCCCCGCAGUCUCUUUCUUGCUCUAAAUAAAUAAAUAUGUCUUAGAAAAAAAUCUCAGAAGCUUUAUGCAUAAUUGGUGUUGCCAUAUAGAAUAAAUCUCUAAAUAUAAAUGGAAGCUGGUCACAGACAAAAUUAUAAAUAGCAUACCAGAAUCUAAACUACAAGGACAGCUUAUGAAAACAGCUAAAUGUAGAUCUAGAUUACUGGAAGAACAUCAUCAACCACCUUUUUCCGUAUAUCGUGUUGAUUACAUGAUGUGAUUUGUUACCACCCCCAGUAGGUUUAAGUCCCCAGUCUGCUGCUAAACAGGAUAUGAAGUUACUGAAAUCACUUAAUACUAUGCUUCAUAGUCCUCUUUAGAAUGGAAGUAGUAGUUUCCACCCCCAGAUUUGUGAUGAAUAGAGUUAACUGUCGUUGCAGCACAGAUUCUUGACAUUGUAGGUGUUUGUCCUUUCCUGAAGAGUUUGCCUGAGGGGGAAAAAUGGUAACAUGGUACCUGCCAUUUCUUAGACAAACCUGAUUGAUUUUUCCUGUAUCCCUUUUCCUCACAUGGCUGAUGCAGUUCCACAGCUGUGGUACAGCCUGGGGUCAUCAUGGGAGAGAGAAUUCAUAGGGAAUGUAACAUGAUGGAAAUCUUUACGAUGCAGGAUAAUAUAAAUUUCACAAGCAGCAAAAUUCCCCGUAAACAAAAUGGAUCCAUGACUUCCACGUAUAAUUGCCUUCUCCCCAACUGUUGAGAGUUUGUUGAAAGUUCUACAAGUCACUUAUUUGUGAUCAUGGGAGUCCAUGCUGUGAAACCUCUUUCAUGCCAACAUGGCUGGUAGGCAAUAUUAUAUAAUACAGCAUAAUCUACAUAAUUACCUUCUGAAGGUUCUCAUCUAUCCCCAGCACUGUAUUUUUUUUAAUAUGCAGGAAACAAAUGCAUGGAAUGAUUUGAUAAUAGGACUGGAUUCUCUUUCAGUUAUAUCUAGGUUAUUUGAAGACAUUUAAAACAGGAUACACAUUGUAAAUGUACUCAAGCAAAGAAAUCCAUCAAAAAGGUUUUUAGUGUCACAACCUGAAAGAAUCCUUCCUAGUGUCAAAACCAACAUUUGCAUAAGGGUGGGCAAGUUUUGAUCCCUUUUUUGUUGAUAGCAAAAUAAUAUAGUUCUACAUAUUACAAAGAAACUGCAAAAGUAAUGAACUUGGAAAAUCUUUAGACAGGAUGAAUCUUUACUAAUCAGAAAUUCAUACUGGAGAGAUCUUAAAAUUAUACACAGUGGGGCACUGUAUUUAACCAAGUCAAACAUUAUUAAACAUUCCAUAAAUAAAUACCUCAGAGUAAUCUUCAAAUGUAAUAUAUAGCGCAACGUUUUCAUCCAAAAUUCAAUCCUUGUGAGGUUAUCACAAUAUUAAUUUUGGAAUGAAAACUUAAGAAUUUUAUGAGUAAUGAUACUCAAGCCUUAGUAAAUGUUAAGUAAUUCAAAUAUUAUAAACUUCAGAAGCCAUAAGCAGGCUUAAAACUUAUGAAACACCACAUAAUGUAUACAGGAGUGAAACCUUACAAAUUUAAUAUAUUAAAAGCCUUUUUAUCCAAAAUGCCUUUAUCUCCUCAGUUCUUACUGUAGAAUUCAUCUUUAACACGUAUGGAUUUUAGAGAAACGUGGAUAUUAACUCAUGGAUAUUGCCUUAAAGAUUAUUGAAGGCAUAAAUCAGACCUUUGGAAAAUUGACAGUCUAACUUCACUUUCCUUAGUGUUCAUAUAAAGAAAACUCACAUGCCUGUCAAAUGGCCUUGGAAAUAUUGCAAAAGUAUUCUUUAACUGACAUCAAACUCAAGUCUUCGAGAGAAUAUAUACUCAAAAGAGCAAGAUUAUAAUCCACACCUGACAGAACAUUUAGAAAUAGAAAAACAAAAAUGCUAACAUAAUUUUUUAUGAAAGUGAUACUCUGGAUAAAAGUAAAUUUAAUAGGUCAUUUUGUACCAAAAGGUCAAUUAUGAAGUGCCUAGAAUUUUUCAAUUAAAACAAUGUAUUCUCUGGGUUCUGCUAUGGCCCAAACAGUAUUUACUUUUUCUAUUGUGUGUUUUCAUUUUCUCCCCAAAAUGGGUUUUAUGUACCCGUCUUAACUUUCUCAAUACAAAAAUCUCCAUAAAAAAACUAAAGUGAAUUUGCAAUUAUAUUUAGAAAUUACUGAGAAAUGAAUUAUGAGGUCACAAAAGUUUACCUCGAGUUUAUCUGUCACUUAAAGUGUGGAAUACGUUGAUAAACAUAAAGAACUCAAAUUAGAUAUAUACUCUAAAAAAAUUUUUUUUCUAAACAGUGAAUGGUGACCUAAAUAUCACAUGUCUCAACCCCCAUCUCCCACACACCAGGUCUUGUGCCUAUGAACAGCUCUAGAUAUGAACACAGGAUUGAGCCCAUGAUGAAUGGGGCUAGAAAUGGAAAUGAAAUUCUGAAAAAUGUUGGUCAGUAAUGGCAUAUUUCACAUUGGUAGAGAUUGCAUUUCACAUUUCAGUUUGCAUCCCUUGCAAAGAAAGCUGCACUCCUUUCUUACUUCAAUUGCUUACAUGCUAAUGCAGGAGACAUUCCUGGAUCCAGCCAUGGCCCCACAUCACUCCCCACAGAGGACCUGGUCCCAGACCACUCAGUCAGUACAUUUUGCCUGUCGCAGGAUGCACAUGUCUAUCUCUAAGUGAAGUUUUUUUGCAUUAAGUUUUUUAUUUUAUUUUUAUUUAUUUUAUUUGAGAGCGAGAGGGAGAGCACAGAGCAGGGGUGGGGAAGCAGAGGGAGAAGGAGAAGCAGACUCCCCACUGAGCAGGGAGCCUGACAUGGAGCUCUAUCCCAGGACUCUAGGAUCACGACCUGAGCCAAAGGCAGACACUUAAUGGACUGAGCCACCCAGGCGCCCCAAGUUUUUUAUUUUAAUACCAAAUAUAGUUAAUACUGUUAUACUAGUUUCAGGUAUACCAUUUAAUGAUUCAUCAAUUGUAUACAUUACACAGUGCUCAUCAUGACAAGGGUGCUUUAAAUGGCCGUCAUCUAUUUCUCGCAUCCCCCUCCCCACUCCCCCCCCUCCCCCGCAACCUUCAGUGUGUACUAUGUAGUUCAAAGUCCUAAACUGGUUUAUCUCUCUUUUUUCCCUUUGUUCAUUUAUUUUGUUUCUUAGAUUCCACAUAUUACUGAGUCAUAUGCUAUUUGUCUCUCUGACUUACUUCAUUUAGCAUAAUACUCUCUGGAUCCAUUAUUGUUACACACGGCAAGAUUUCACUCUAUUUUAUGGCUGAGUAAUACUCCAUGAUGUGUGUGUGUAUAUAUAUAUGUACAACUUCUUUAUCCAUUACGUCUCUGUUCCAUAACUUGGUUAUUAUAAAUAAUGCUACAAUAAACAUAGAGGUGCAUGUA